AUGGACCGCUUGCGGUCCGGUUUUCACCGGAAGAGCAGAAAGGCCUCACCUUCGCGACCUACAAUCGUCACCGACGGCACCCACAGCUCCGGCAAGACCACCCCCGAGCCCGUCUCGGCACACUCUCCUCUCCAGGUCCCGCACCUUCCCAACAAAGAGAAGAAGACCUCACCUUUCCGCAGCCUGCGCGACUUCAGCCGCUCCCACAAACGCGCACGGUCUCCCGCUGCCGGCUCCCUGCCCCGUUCACCCAUCGGCGCCACAUACACAUUCGAUGUGUUCGACGACAGACCUGCAACCUCGCCCACCGUUCGGGGAGGCAGCGGCGAUUUGCAGACACUGGAAAUGAACGGCGACGCCGUCGGGGGUCAGCCCCCUAGGAUGCCAUCCUUCCUUUCCCUGUCGCCUCAGGAAAUUGUCGCCAAGUUCCAGGAGAUUGUAUGGAUGGAGCGCAAUCGCAUUAUGCAAAGCCUGACAAACCCUUCGCCAGACUUCAAGUGGGCGCGCGUGACUGGCGACCAUUUAAAGAGAUUGGAUAGGUACAUGAACAUUCAGCCUUGGGAGAACAAUCGUGUGAGGUUGCGCGUCCCGCCAGGCAAGGUGGACUACGUCAAUGCGUCACCAAUAAUCCUGUCUUCUACGACACCGCACCAGGCUAAUCGACCGCAAGCGCAAGAUCGCAACAGUAAGGAGGAUACGAUAGUUGGGCUGUCAGACCUUGCGGGCAGCGGGCCGGAGCGAUAUAUUGCGAUGCAAGGUCCCAAGCGAAUGACCACAGACCACGUGUGGCGCAUGGUGGUUGAGCAGUUGGCGAGCCCUGCGGUGAUUGUCAUGCUGACGGAGACACACGAAGCGCACAUGGAGAAGUGCUAUCCUUAUUUCCCGCGUAGCCCCGAUGAUGCGCCCCUGGAGAUCAACGAGAGGGACGAGUUCGGCGAUGCGUUCAGGGCGAGCGUGCACUGCGAGGCGAUUGAGGAGACUGAGGCCGGAGAUGCCAUUGAGCUACGAAAGUUGAUAAUACGAUCAUACAAGAGCCCAGCGAAGAUCGCGAAGACGCGCGGCGAUGGCGAUAGGGACCAAUUGACGACGCCAGUUAAUGCAGUUGAUGGUAGCGGCGACGUGAAGAUGCUGUCGCCUCUCAAGGCCGCCCAUGAGGACGAUCUUUCUGCAGAUGACAGCAACGACGAUAAGAGCGCCAACGUCGACCUUGGGGAAUCAACCAAGACGCAACAGAAGGAUCUACCGUUGAAGUACGAGGAGCGCAUCGUAUGGCAUUUCCUCUACAAGAAAUGGCCAGACUUCGGUGUCCCGGCCCUCGAGGACCUCGACAGCUUCUUCACACUGAUGCGCCUCUCACGCGAGAAGAACGCCAGCCCCGAGAACCCCCGCAUUGUGCACUGCAGCGCGGGCGUAGGACGGAGCGGGACGUUCAUCGCGCUGGAGCAUCUCAUGCGCGAGCUGGACGCUGGCGCCCUCGAGCACUGGGACUCACCCUCGCACUUCCGGCAUAAGAGGACGGACGAAGGCGGUUCGGCUAGUACGGAAGGCACCAACAACGGCCAGCACCAGCGAAGCGACGACGACUCGGAGGGCAAGAUGGAGGUGGAGGAGCAGGUGGUGCCUACAGAGGUGGAGGGCGACGAUCUCAUCUUCCACACUGUCAACCAGCUGCGCGAGCAGCGGCGCAGCAUGGUGCAGGCCGAGCCGCAGUUCCUGUUCAUCUACCAGGUCAUGCGCAAGCUCUGGGAGGACAGGUACGGGCCAGGCGGCUCCUCCCCUACGGGGGCCCACCAGACGCCGCCGAAGAUCAACGGCCCCAGCGACGCGGGUGGCGAAGAAAGCGAUACAGGGCAGCCGGCGCGCAAGCGGCAGGAGUUUGACCCGUUCGUCGAGCAGCAGGACCACCAGGCCUAG